CACGUUCUAGCGCCACCAGGUUAUAGACUUCUGGAAGACAGCCGGACGCCCCAUGGGGAGACAGCAAUUUGCAUCGGACGUUGGAUAUCUCCGUUGGCGUACAAUGCCUAGAUAUGACAAGACGGGACUUCUCUGUUCUUGUAAGUCUAGUCCCACGGCGCUACGGGCCUGGUGCCAACAGAUCGCUCGGUGGAGCUUUCUUGGUAUCAUCUUACUGGCCCUUCCCGCCGUUACUGUCAGCCAGUCUUCCUGCAAAGUGCGGUACCCAUGUCCGUCAACCCGCGGUGGAACAAGCAUGGGAGCAUCCCAUCCGGGGUGUGGGGUCGCUUGCAGUGGAGGUGGAUCGAAUAUAAGUACUCGACGCCGGACGAGGGUCAUUCUCAACCCAAAGGGACUUUGCCCAUCAGUAGCACAGUCUACUCGUCCUGAACUUCGGUCAAUCUUUCACUUAACAUUUCCAUCGUUCUUUAUUCAAGAUGGUUGGUAUGCACGUCGGAGCCGCCAAGGGCAACAGCGCCGUCCGCGAGGAUGUGCCUGAGUUCGAGAAGGUCAUUUGGUACAAGGACCCGAAUAUGCGAAAGCUGUUCUGGCACUCUUCGGUCCUUUGCAUUGCCUCCGCCACUACUGGUUACGACGGCAUGAUGAUGAACUCUUCGCAGCAGAUGAGCAAAUGGCAGGACUACUUCGAUGAGCCGACCGGUAACCGACUGGGUCUCAUGAACAACAUGUACAACAUCGGUUCGAUCGUCAGCUUCUUCCUCGUCCCAUUCCUGACCCAGUGGACCGGACGCAAGAUCCCAAUCGCCGUCGGUUGCUCCAUCAUGAUCGCUGGUGCCCUUGUCUCGACCUUCUCUACGAACUGGCAGAUCUACAUGGGUGGCCGUUUCAUCCUCGGUUUUGGUAACUCUUUCGCCCAGAUGUGCUCGCCUAUUCUUCUCACCGAGAUCUGCCAUCCUCAGCACCGUGGUAUCUUCACCGCCGUAUACAACUGCCUGUGGAACUUGGGUGCACUCUUCGUCGCAUGGAUCGCAUGGGGUACAUCUCAGGCGGACAACCACUGGUCUUGGAGGUCUAUCACCCUUCUUCAGGCUCUACCCUCGUUUCUCCAGCUCUGCUUCCUUUGGUGGGUUCCUGAGAGCCCACGUUGGUUGAUCUCCAAGGAGCGCUAUGAGGAGGCCCUGGACACUCUCGCCUACUACCAUGCCGGUGGUGACCGAAACAACGCCACGGUCCAGUUCGAAUACGUCGAGAUGAGGGAGGUCAUUCGUCUUGAAGCCGAUGCAAACAAGAACUCUAGCUAUGUCGACUUUGUCAAGACCAAGGGUAACCGAUGGAGGUUGGCUAUCCUCAUCUCUCUUGGUAUCAUCUCCCAGUACUCCGGCAACGCGCUCUUCUCCAACUACAUCAACUUGGUCUAUGAGGGUGCCGGCAUUACCAGCGAAAACCAGAAGAUGGGUCUUACCGGUGGUGAACGUAUCUUGGCUCUUUGUGUGUCCGUCUACGCCGCUACUUUGAUCGACAAGGUUGGUCGUCGUCCGCUCUUCCUCGGCGCAACCACUGGUAUGGUCGUCUCAUUCGUCUGCUGGACCAUCACCUGCGCCAUCUACGAGAACUCCGGCGACACCAACUCCGCAGCCGGUUACGCUCAGAUUCCAUUUGUCUGGAUCUUCGGUGUCUUCUACGCUUUCGCCUGGUCUGGUCUGCUUGUUGCCUACGCUCUCGAAAUUCUGCCUUACGCUCUCCGUGCUAAGGGUCUCAUGAUUAUGAACAUCACUGUGCAGGCUAUUCUUGCCGUUGGUGGUCAGACGAACCCCGUCGCAUGGGACAACCUUCCUAAGCACUGGAACUUGGCUCUCUUCUACACCCUCUGGAUUACCGUCGAACUUGUCUUUGUCUACUUCGUCUACCCCGAGACCAAGGGUCCUACACUUGAGGAGAUCGCCCGUAUCUUCGACGGUCCCGCCGCAGUCGCUCCCGUGGACAUGGAUUCUAUCGCCAGACAGGCUGCUAAGGAGCGCCUCAACAACCUCAGUGAUGAGAAGGAGCCCCACGUCGAGCAGAGCCACGUUGUUUAGGGUACUAGACUUCACUCAUUAGUAUUUCAUGUCGCAUGAAUAGGGGAGGUUGGCCUUCGUAGUUUUGGCAUUCGCUAUCCUUAGAGCAGUCUUUACUUCAAUAUACCCACUGCUUUGGUACACAUUGUUUGAUGACUUCUUGCUUCAUUAAUUUAGAGUGACU